AUGCCAUUUGGCCAUCGUAAUAACAGCUACAAAUAUGGUGGAUUUCGCCAAUACCGCCCAGUUCAACAAACGCAAAAUUACAAUCAAUUUGAAGCGCCACCUCCACCACCAAGUCGAAGCGUUUUUGACUUCACUCUCGAACAGGGAAACUUGGCAGGAACGAAAACUGCCAAAACAGAUUUGGUUUUUGCGAAGGAAAUAGUGGAACGCGCUGCCAACUUGACACCAUCGCCCGAAGUGAGAAAUCAAAUAAAACAAUAUGCUCAAAAAGUGAUUGUCGCGUUGGAGAAAGAGCAUAGAGAGAAUACUCUCCCAGAAGUCGGUGUGACUCGUAUCAUGCAUGUCGGAUCAUUUGUCACUGGUACAUCAACUCAUUUAUCAGAUAAAAGUGAUGUUGUAGUGCAAUUGAAAUGCCUUCCGUCAUUCGAAACUCUUCUGAUACUCGGAAAUAAGAUUGUCGAAAAUAUACAGUCAGCAGACCCAUCGGAGACUGGAGUCGCGCUUCCGACGGAGGAUGGAUGUAUCAUUUCUUCUCAUAACAAGCAAGUCAGAGUGCUCGUCACUAUCAAUCCAUUGGAUUCGGUGAAGUUGGAACCUGAGUUGCAUUUGGAUGAAACUCGAAUGAUGAUCAAUCACUUCUCCUUGCGACACGUCAGUUGGCUCACAGAAAUGACUGAAUGCAUUCCGAAGGAAACUGUGCAAGAAUACCAUGCUCUGAUUCGUGUCCUGAAAGAUGUUCGUUCUCGAUUCCGCGGUCUCCAGCCUCUCUCGGUUUGGGCACUUCAAUUUCUCGCAUUCCAUUGUUUGUUCGAUGGACCAAACCGCCAAAAAACAAAUCUCGGAACCGCAUUCCGUCGCUUUUUCGAGUUAAUCAGUGCCGGAAUCUUUCUCCCAAAGGCAGCUGGUCUAAUGGAUCCAACUGCUCCAAAUCAUCGAAUUGGAUUCGAUUUGACAUUCGAGCAAAUGGAUGAAGUCUGCAUAGCAGCGCAGACUCUCAUUCGUGUCUUUGCCACAGGAGAUGAUGGAUAUCGAGCGAUUCUUGGAACGGAAGGAACUGCUGCUGAUCUCACUAAAACCACUUCUGUCUGGAAUGGUAUCACGAUUCAACCAAGCGAGACUGCUUACGAAGAUGGAUGUUACGAUCAACCACCAUCAGCAGAAGCGGAAAAGAUUCCAGUGGUUUGA